AUGUCGGCGUUGAAGGCUGGAGAAGUGACCGCAUCACUAUCUGAUUAUGUCUUCAUCCUGUUUCCAAUUCCACAGCAUGUUGUUCUCUUGGUUAUUCUAGGUCUAUGGCUCUGGUACUGGGAGCUUUGCAUUUUGUCUUGGAAGAUGGAUAUUCCCAGGGUGAUCAUUGCAAAUGAUCCUUACGACAUUCGGCCCCAACCAAGCUCUUCAAGGAUAUUGAGUGGUACACGGAAGUGUGUAGUAAAAAUUACCAAGAUAAUUCUCCCAUGGCAUUUAUUGGUCUUCCUAAUAUUGCAAAAAUCCUUCAACGUUCAACAAGAUUUGCCAACAUGGCUACUAGUGGCAAUUAAUUUUUCUGGGUUACUACAAUUUCUGGUGAUUUUAUUUAUUCUAUUGAGAAGUUCAGCAAUGCUACGUCGAUGUCUCAAGGGGAUUUUGUUUUGGGGCGAUAUUGAGGGUAAACCAUUAAGGACUAAUUAUGUCUUGCUUGCAGAUACAUUGACCUCGUAUAGCAAGCCUUUUAUGGAUUUUGGAUUAUAUCUAUGGUAUUUAACGUUGCUGCCGUUUGAUAAAAAGCUUACUUUGACGGAAUCCAGUAGUGAAGUCUUUAUGAAUUUUGAUUUGGCUAUAGGACUGCUGCCCUAUUUGAUAAGAUUUAUCCAAUGUCUGAGAGAAUAUGCUCGAUUAGACAAUCCUUGGAGUACCCGCAGAGCUAGCUUUUUUAAUGCAUUAAAAUAUUUCUCAUAUUUCCCAAUUAUUGUUUGUGGUUUAUUCAGCCGCAUAUCACCUGAAACCUUCCCUAGUGGCACUAUAUAUUGGUUUAUGUUGUUCAACAGUUGCUACAGUUUUUGGUGGGAUAUAACGAUGGAUUGGAAAUUGGGUUUAUUAGAUUUCAGUUCCACGGGUGUUGAAAGAAACGAAAUCCUUAGAAAACGGAGACUUUACUCUAAUGAUUGGUAUUACUAUGGUGCAAUCGUAUUCGAUUUUGUUGUAAAGUUUAUGUGGAUGUGGGAGUUACUGAUAAAGAGAGUUAUUGUCUCUUGGGAGACGAAUUUGCUAUGGCUACACACACUAGAAGUCUUCAGACGCUGGAUUUGGACGUUUUUUAAAGUAGAAACAGAAUAUUUAUCCGUUGGCACCAAAAAGUGA